GGAGUCUCCUAUGCAACUGCAUACUGGAUGGAUGCUGAAAAGACUGUCCAAGUCAAAAACAUAAUGGACAGGAAUGGGGAUGCCUACGGCUUUUACAAUAACUCUGUGCAGUCCACAGGCUGGAGCAUCCUGGAGAUCAGAGCUGGGUAUGGUGCUCGGGCCUUAUCCAAUGAGAUCACCAUGUUUGUGGCCGGCUUUUUGGAGGGCUACCUCACUGCCCUACACAUGUAUGACCACUUCACAAACCUCUACCCACAGCUGAUCAAGAAACCUUCCAUUGUGGAUAAAGUGCAGGAUUUUAUAGAGAAACAAGAUCAGUGGACCCGGAAAAACAUCAAACAAUACAAGGAUGACCCAUUUUGGAGACAUACAGGCUAUGUGGUGGCACAAAUGGAUGGCCUAUACGUAGGAGCAGUGAAAAGGGCUAAAUUAGAAGGGACAAAGCCCAUGACCAUGUUCCACAUUCAGUUCCUGAAUGCCAUUGGAGAUCUGUUGGAUGUGAUUCCCUCACUGUCUCCCACAAAAAACAUCAGCCUGAGUGCUUUUAGGAGAUGGGAGAUGGGACAUUGUUCUGCUCUUAUUAAGGUUCUUCCUGGAUUUGAGAACAUCUUUUUUGCUCACUCAAGCUGGUACACGUACGCAGCCAUGCUCAGGAUAUAUAAACACUGGGACUUCAACAUCAAAGACAAAGACACCAGCAGUAGUCGCCUCUCUUUCAGCAGUUACCCAGGGUUUUUGGAGUCUCUGGAUGACUUUUACAUUCUUAGCAGUGGUUUGGUAUUGCUGCAGACCACAAACAGUGUGUAUAAUAAAACGCUACUAAAGGAGGUGAUACCCGAGACUCUCCUGGCCUGGCAAAGAGUCCGUGUAGCCAAUAUGAUGGCAAAUGGUGGCAAGAAUUGGGCAGAGAUCUUUUCAAAAUACAAUUCUGGCACCUAUAACAAUCAAUACAUGGUCCUGGACCUGAAGAAGGUAAAGCUGCGCUACGGGCUUGACAAAGGCACUCUGUACAUUGUGGAACAAAUUCCUACAUAUGUAGCAUAUUCUGAACAAACUGAUGUUCUACGAAAAGGGUAUUGGCCCUCCUACAACAUCCCUUUCCAUAAAAAAAUCUACAACUGGAGUGGUUAUCCGCUGUUAGUCCAGAAGCUGGGUUUGGAUUACUCUUACGAUUUAGCUCCACGGGCCAAAAUCUUCCGACGUGACCAAGGGAAAGUGACGGAUAUGGCAUCCAUGAAAUAUAUCAUGCGAUACAACAAUUAUAAGAAGGAUCCUUACAGUAAGGGUGAUCCCUGCAAUACCAUCUGCUGCCGUGAGGACCUGAACUCACUUAACCCAAGUCCCGGAGGUUGCUAUGACACAAAGGUGGCAGAUAUCUACCUAGCAUCUCAGUACACGGCCUAUGCCAUUAGUGGUCCCACAGUACAAGGUGGCCUCCCUGUUUUCAGCUGGAACCGCUUCAACAAAACGCUCCAUCAGGGCAUGCCCGAGGUCUACAACUUCGAUUUUGUUACCAUGAAACCAGUUCUGAAACUUGACAUAAAAUGACAUAAAAUGAAGGAGGGAGAUGGGGGAAAAGAAGGAAAUAGAAGGCUCCAAAUAAGAUACCAAAGGCUCUGUUUUGGCUAUGUUUUUCCCAUCAGAAUUACUCGUAAUAAAACAUAUUAUUUGUCACUUUCA